CCGCUCAGCGGCGAGCAGCGACUCUCACACCGGGAGAAGAAGAAGACUCGCCUGCUGCUUCACGCUCGCCUGGUGUCCUUGUCGUGUUUAUCUCUCUGUGUCUUUGUGUUUGAUUCUCACAGAUACGUCGGAUAAACCGCCUCCUCGGAUCAUCUUGUGUCCCAGCAUUUAGAUUUCAUAUUAAAGAAGUCAUGUUUAGAAGAAGAAUACCCUUCAGUCAGAUGGCCUUCGUCACACUUCUUGGAGUCUGUGGUGGUAUUUAUAUCUACAAACCUUACUUUGAGCAACACACCGCAGGACAGCAAAAACAGCAUGUGCCAAAGAAAGACAAUGAAACAGACAAUUCAUCAGAAUGAUCUGCCCCCCCACCACGAUGUACUUUACAGACAGAAGCCAGAAGAACAACAUCUGGGGCUGCUGGACUGUCAAACUAAGGGCAUGACCAGCAUGGAUAAAGUCAUGCCACUCUGGGACUCUUUGUGUGAUUGUAAAUGUACAAAAUAAAAUAUUGAAUAAUUAUAAAUGA